UUUUUCUUGUAAGCACGAAAGAUUGAAACAGAAUAUUUAAGAUAUUCGGAAGAAUUUUAACAUUGAACUGUCUUCACGUAUGAUUUAAUUAUCUAUGAUAUUAUUCACGUAUGCCUUCACUUUCACUUGCACCUUCUUCUUUUCCUUCCCCAUUACUCUCAUCAGAAACCACGCUUCAUAAGUUCUUCAUUGAAGCUUAGAACUGUGAGCUUUCACCAUUGCCCGCAAUCGAGUUACUCAAAGCUAACAUCUUGGGGGUCAAACAUCGAGUUGAGUUCUGCAUGAUCUUGCUGCUUCACACCCAUAACUGACUACAGCUACCUUUGGUGACAAAUGGCGUUUGAAGAUAUUUUGGAUAAGUUGAAAUUGAUAUUUUUGUUUUUUGAAAUUUUUUGUCAUUAUUUUUUUUGUCAUUAUUUUUUUUUUCCAUUUCCACAAUAACAGGUCGAAAUAACAUCGGGUUCUUUCUUUUUGGCGGUUGGAGAAUGCUUUCCUUUGUUUUUCCCUCUCAAUUUCUUGUCUUCACUGCUGCAUCACUAGUACAUCGGAGAAAAGGGACAAAAGCAAUGCAAAUAUCCCCAAUUUUUAGGGUUUCUCCUCAUUUAUAUUAAAAGAUUUGGAUAUAGUUGUUUAUUUAAAUGUACAACAAUGAAUUGGAAAUUACAUAAAUUAGGUGGAAAAUUAAAAUUUUAAGGAAAAAAUCCAGCUUCGAUUUUUGUUUGUAAAUUUGAGAGUGGCCAAUUUUGGUUGCUUAAAAUGAAAUUUUUUUUAUAAUUAGAUGAUGAUUGCUGCAAUUUACCCAUUAGUCUCCCAUAGUAACAAAACCGACGGACCUCGUUGAACAAAAACAAUAACAGACAGACGUGUAAUUAGAAAAAGAGAAAAUUAAAGGGAUAAAGUAGCAUUUAGUCCUUGAUAUAAAUAAUUUUUUUAUCUGAGUCCGUGAAACUUUUGGUCGUAAGCAUGCUUGGAAUUUGACAGUUUUUUCAAUUUGAUCCAUAAACUUGAAUUUUGUUAAAAUGUGAUAAUGUGAUUUUUUAAAUUGUGUGAUGCCAUCACAUAAAUUUUUAAGAAAAAAUAUAUAAUUUCUUUAUAAUUUUUUGUAUUUUUAGAUUUUAUAUAAUUUUUUUUUUAAAAUUUUCACCUUGAUGGAAACCAAAUUAGAUAUUGGUUAAAUGGGGAGAAGUUGCUGAGUUCUAAAACUAACAUAGACAAAAGAAAUUAAAGGACUAAAUUGAGAGAAAUCGACAAGUUAAAGAACUAAAUGUUGCUUUAUACCAAAAUUAAACACUAAAAGAUUUUAAGGCAAAGAAGAGUCUUUCUCGGCUUUGUCUUCCUCCAAUCCUCAAUCCAGCUCUACUUUGCUUUUACAUUACUCGAAUGCUUUUCUUUUUCUCUUAGUAUUUUAUUUGCAGUCCCAGCUGCCAUUUCCAGCUUCUUUUUUUGUUAGAGACGUUUCCUGUUGGAGCUUAAAUCACUGAGUUAUUUGGAUUGAAGAAAGUUUUCUUAAGCAGCAAAAAAAAAAAAAAAAAAAAGAACGGAGAAACCAAAUUGUUUAAACGAAAAUGGGGUUGGUUUCUGGGAUGUUUAUGGGGAUGGUAUUCGGGAUUUCAUUGAUGGCUGGUUGGCGUCAUAUGAUGAAGUACCGAAGCACUAAACGAAUCGCCAAGGCAGCUGAUAUAAAAGUUCUUGGGGCUCUCAGUAGAGAUGAUUUGAAGAAAAUUUGUGGUGAUAAUUAUCCUGAAUGGAUAUCUUUCCCUGUCUAUGAACAGGUGAAAUGGUUGAACAAGCACUUGAGCAAGUUAUGGCCUUUUGUUGCAGAGGCAGCAUCAGCGGUAAUCAAAGAGUCUGUUGAACCUCUCUUGGAAGAAUACCGACCUCCUGGUAUUACUUCACUAAAAUUCAGUAAACUGUCUCUUGGUACUGUAGCUCCCAAGAUCGAAGGUAUUCGCGUUCAGACCCUUAAGAAAGGCCAAAUCACGAUGGAUAUUGAUCUUCGGUGGGGUGGUGAUCCAAGUAUAAUUUUAGGUGUUGAAGCUGCACUUGUUGCCUCAAUACCGAUUCAGUUGAAGAAUCUCCAAGUUUUCACUGUUGUUCGUGUCAUCUUCCAACUUGCUGAAGAGAUUCCUUGUAUUUCUGCGGUAGUUGUUGCUCUCCUUGCUGAGCCAAAGCCUAGAAUUGAUUACACUCUGAAAGCUGUUGGUGGAAGCUUAACAGCGGUUCCUGGAAUUUCAGACAUGAUUGAUGAUACUGUGAAUUCAAUUGUCACAGACAUGCUUCAGUGGCCACACAGAAUUGUUGUUCCAAUUGGUGGUAUACCAGUUGAUACAAGUGAAUUAGAGCUUAAACCGGAGGGAAAGUUGACAGUUACUGUAGUCAAAGCGAAUGAUUUAAAGAACAUGGAAAUGAUUGGAAAAUCUGAUCCUUAUGUUGUCGUGCAUAUCCGACCUCUCUUCAAGAUUAAAACAAAAGUCAUCGAGAACAACCUGAAUCCCAUUUGGAAUGAAACAUUUGAGUUGAUUGCCGAAGAUCGAGAGACACAGGAACUCACCGUAGAGGUUUUCGACCAGGACAUUGGGCAAGACAAGAGGUUGGGAAUUGCAAAAUUCCGUUUGAUUGAACUGGAACCGGAGACACCAAAGGAGGUUAAUCUGAACCUUCUGUCCUCACUUGAUACACUUAAAAUAAAAGAUAACAAGGACAGGGGAAGUUGUACCAUUAAGCUUUUGUACCAUCAAUUUAACAAGGAGGAACAGUUGAUUGCUUUGGAAGAAGAGAAGAGGAUCCUAGAAGAAAGGAAGAGAUUGAAAGAAGCCGGAGUAAUCGGAAGCACAAUGGACGCACUCGACGGAGCGGCCUCACUGGUUGGAUCUGGUGUUGGUAUGGUUGGUACCGGUAUCGGUACUGGAGUUGGACUUGUGGGAAGUGGUGUCAGUGCUGGAGUUGGGAUGGUGGGGAGUGGCCUCGGAGCUGUCGGCAGUGGACUGAGCAAAGCAGGAAAGUUCAUGGGGAGGACGGUUACAGGGCAUUCCAACAAGAAAAGUGAAACCACCACCACUCCUGACGAAAGCAAGGAAGAAAAUGGUGGUGCUAAGCCACAGUAACUCAGAGAACAACUACAUGUUCACCCCUUUCAUUUUGGGAAGGGGGAUAGAUCGUACCGUUCAAACCUCUUUUUUCCAUGCUUGUUCCCACGAUGUCCGGUUUCAACAGUUUGUAGCAUGUAGUAAUCAAACACAGCAGUUCUGUUUGGUCUUUUUAUUCUCUGUUUCUGUUCUGAUAGUAGGCAGUCAUUAUCUCGGUUAUGUCCGAUGUAGAAGUACAAUCAUGUAUAUAGAGGGUCUAUGCGAAGUUAUUUUCGAUAUAUGUUUGGAUAUGCCUUCGAAGCAACACUUAAAAGUACAUUGUUUGCUGUUUUGUCAUGUAUCCGAAUCUGUGUUUGUAACUAAAUUUGUAAUAAUAGCAAGUUCCAUGACUUUUUUUGUGAGAUAUAA